GGAGCAGAGAGAAUGCUGGAAGCGAGAGGCUAAUGUUGUUCUCACGUUUUCCCACGGGAGAUGUAAAUUUAUGAUGUCUCAGAUAGCUAACCGUUAACUUUACCCAGUGCAUCUUUCUCAUCUGGUACACUUGCUUUGUAUGUUAUCCAGCGGUAGUUUAACAUAACGGCCCGCCUGUCGCCCGGUUCGGGUGUAUGCGUUGUGUCCGGUUGCAGAAGGAAGGAUGAAGGCGUCUCUCUCUAAAGGCAUCCGGCUGGACGCUGUUCUCCAGGAGGGCUUCAACGAGCAGCAGCUAUCAACCUAUGUGUUGUGGGUGAACAGCCAGUUGAAGAGGCGACCAGGCCUGAAGCCCAUCUCAGACCUCAGAGUAGACCUGCAGGAUGGAGUGGUGUUAUCACACCUGGUGGAGAUAGUGGCGGGGGAGGCGUUGGAGGGGGUACAUCAGGCUCCAAGGGACCGAGAGGAGAGCAGGGAGAACGUGGAGCGAGUCCUCAACUUCAUCACCUCCAGACGUAUACGCAUGCCUCACACCUCUGCUCGGGAUAUAGUAGAAGGUGAUCUGAAGUCAGUGAUGAGGUUGAUUCUGGCUCUAGCCGCCCACUUCAAACCAUCAGCCAAUCAGAGAGCAGCGUCCAGGGGUGGACGGAGCAUGGCAGGAGCCGCAGCCAACCACAGGACACUCUCCACAGUUGCCAUGGCGCAGAGCGCAGCAACAGCAUUGGCAGCCGUACGACACGACGCAGAGGGAACAGCUAGUGGUUGGGGUAUGCUUGUAGAUGAGGAUGGAGGUGUGUGUGUUCGUGCUCUGGUCCAGCAGUACGAGAGAAGACCGCCAGACGAUCCUGACACAACACCAAGCAGUUCCCACAGAGCCCCGCCCACCAGCCAAUCAGACAACACAGAGCCGGAGGAGAGCCAACCAGAGAGAAGCACUAAGGCAGGUUGGGAGAGUCCUCUGACUGAGAGCCUGGAGAGAGAGAUGCAGGAGACAAGGAGAAUGGUGUCAGCUCUACAGGCCCUGUUACUUCAUGGUUGUCUGCCAGAUGAUGAGCAGGAGACGUUGAAUCUGACUCUGGGAGAAGAUAACACUGAACAACAACUGGUGGUAAUUCGUAGUCAUCUAGAUCAGAGUAUGGAGGAGACUCAGGAGCUGAAGAGAGAGCUGUUGCGUUGUAAACAGGAGGUACGGAACCUGCGUGGAGUCAAGGAGGCACAGCAGCAAAGAUUGUUUGCCCAGGAGGAGUGUAUGUUACAGCUAAAACAGGAGCAGCUCAGAGCCAGCAUGACCCAGGACCAACUCACCAGCCUCAACGCGGAGCUACAGAGGAAGUUGGAUGAGAGGAGCAGGUUGCUGAGUGAGUGCAAGAAGGAACUUGGACAGAAGGACCGACUGCUGCAGCAGCACAAACACAAACUGGAGGAGAGCCAGCUGCAGAAGGCUGGCUUGCAGAGAGAGCUGGAGUGUAAAGACAACAUAUUGCAGGAGAUGAUGAGUCGUCAUGGUGACCAGGCUCCGCCCCACCUCACGGCCACACCCCUUCCCUCUGGGGCUGAGGAGCUGCAGCUGGUGCGGUCAGCGUUGAGGAGUCUGAGAGGAGUGUUCCGAGAGCAGGAUCCUCAACACCACACUCUGGAUACACUGGAGCAGGGCAUCACAUCACUGACCGACAGACUGACACACACACACCAGGGGAAGGGGAAGUCUUCAGGAUGCAACAGAGCCACACACAACCAGCACGACUCCUGGCCUCCAAGCAAGAUGGCCCACUCCUACAGUAGUCCAUUGCUGAGCUCGUGUGGUUCCACUAAGGUCCUCUACUUUACAGACCACUCACACACACCCUGCAUGAUCCACAUCAACAAGAGGUUGGGGAAAGUCACUCUGAGAGACGUGAAGACUGCAGUAGACAGAGAUGACAACUACAGAUUCCACUUCAAAGCCCUCGACCCCGAGUUUGGUACCGUUAAAGAAGAGGUAUUUGAAGACGAGGCGUUGGUUCCAGGCUGGGAGGGGAAGAUAGUGGCCUGGGUGGAGGAGGACAACGGAGAGGAGAGGAUUAAAGGACCUAGCUGCUGAGGACCUAGAGGACCUAGCUGCUGAGGAACUAAAGGACCUAGCUGCUGAGGAACUAAAGGACCUAGCUGCUGAGGAACUAGAGGACCUAGCUGCUGAGGAACUAAAGGACCUAGCUGCUGAGGAACUGAAGGACCUAGCUGCUGAGGAACUAAAGGACCUAGCUGCUGAGGAACUAAAGGACCUAGCUGCUGAGGAACUAAAGGACCUAGCUGCUGAGGAACUG